UCGAGUCAACUUGGCCAUUCACUUCCCCAACGGCCCACUGUUGGCACAAAGCCAUGCUCAUCCCUGCAGCUGCUUAUUGGCUCCACAGGGCUCUCUCCGUGUUUUAUACUCUUCUCUCGCUCUAAAAAUAUAAAAUUAUGUAUUUUUAUCAUUGAUAUAUUUUACGUAUGUAUAAUAUAUAUCUUUUAUUAAUAAUUUCAAAUGGAUAAUUGUUUAUUUUAAAAGAUAAAAUAUAUAAAAAAUAAUACUUUACACUUCUAUAAGUAUGAAUAAGAUAUUUUUUAAUCAAUAUAACUCAUAACUUAUUUGUUGUAAUUAUUAUUUCUAUUAAUAAAUAUAUUUACCAUAUCUCCAUUGCUAUUUGAGCACACGAAUUAAUACGAUUCCGAAUGACAAAAUUUGUGAAAUAAAAGCAGAGAAACGGAUCGGAGUUGUCGUUGGCUUAGUAUCCAACAUGGCGACGGUAUAUAUACGCAUGAUGAAUCAAUACGUGACCAGAUAGAUAUGUAAUAUGCCACGUGUCUACUAUGCUUUCGUCUCAAUAUUACUAUUCGCGUUAAUAUACUAUUUUUUAUUUACUAACAUUAAAAAGAUUGCUAAUCUUAAUAAUAUAUUUAAUAUCUAUAUUAAAUGUUUAAUAUUUUAUAUUUUUUAAACUAUAUCAAAAUAAAUUAAUUAAUAUUAUGAAAAUAAUUACGUAAGAAAAAACAUAUAUUUGUUUCUUGUUUUUAAAUUCACAAUACAUUAUAAUUUUAAAAAAAAUUCAAAUUUUAAACAUGAUUUAAAAAUAAUAGUAUAGUAAGUAUGAAAUUCUAAUGACGCCAAAACAUUAAUGUUUACAUUUAUUAGCUUAAGUAUUUAUUUGAUUUAAUAGCACAUUAUUUAUAUCAAUGUAUUAUGUUUAUAAUUUAUUACUAUUGAACAUAAUAAUUUAAAUUAUAAAUAUAUGAUAUUAGAAGUGAAAGUAUUUCCCUCCCGAACUAGGACACACAAGAUGUUUCAAGUACGCAUAUGCGAAUUAUUUUAUCAACUAUUUUAUUUUGUAAAUAAAUAUGAUUUUUUAUUCAAAACAUAGAAAAAUUAAAAAAAGAAAGAAAGAAAUUAAAUAUAUUAUAGAACUUACCCAUACAAUGAGCGCACCAAACAAACAAAAACUUUCCCUCUUCGGAAGCUUGGCACAAUUUACACGUCCGAAGUCCAAGCAGAACUGGGUAGUGGAAUGUAUGCUGAAGAUUAUAUACGUUCAAGCCUUUGUAGUUCUCCCUUACCUCUCUGCCAAGCUUGGUUUGAUAAUUUACCACGUGACUAUUAUUUCAUAUAAAAUUUAGAAGACAUAAUUUAGAAUUUAUAUGUUUUCUUUCUUUUUUAAAUAAAUUGAAAAACAAUUUUUUCUUGUUUAAUAUUUAAUAUUACUCUUUUGUAUCCGAAAAUAUGUAUUCAAUAAAUAUGUAUUUACAUAUUUAUAAUUAUUAAAAUUUUAUCCAUAUUUGAAAUUCUACAUUAUUUUCAAUAUAUUUUGUAUUUAAUACAAAUUUCGAAAUUAAUUAAUCCAUAAAACAAAAGAGAUAAAAAAUUUGUCACAAAGAAAUUCAUCUUAAAUAUGAUUGGUUAAACAUAUUGCGCUUCUGAAAAAUAUCACCAUUUUCCAAUUGUUAAGCUAUCGAAGCCUUACGUUAACUUUUCUUGAGUUGAGUGUCAUGAUAAAUAUAACUGUGUACAUUCUUCGAAACGUUAAUAUAAUUAUUAGGAUUUCCAAGAAAAAAAAUUAAAUAGAUACUACGUUAAUGAUUAUUCUCACUUUUUAUUUAUUGCAUAUAUUACAUUUUUUCUUUGUAACUUCAGGCGCACUAUUUUAUUUGACCUUGAAUUGGUAUUUUUUUUUUAAGUUAUAAAUAUUCUAUUUUGGGAUUCUAUGGAAUUCUGAAUCAUGAUAAACAAAAAUGAUAUUUCGCGCGGUUUUAUUGUUAAUAUUGUUAAUAUAUUGUUAAUAUUGUUUUAAUAAUUCAGCUACAAUUCACGCUACAAACAAUAUAUAAUAAAUAUAUAAGUAUUAUAUAAAUAUUGUUUUAUAUAUCUAUAAAUAUAUAUUUAAUCUAACAUUUACAUACGCAAAUUAAAACAUAGUCAUAUUAGAUACAUUUAGAUACUAUUGGUCAUGUGAUUAUAAUGUAAUUCUAUAUGUAUUUUGAUGAAAUGAAAUUAUUACGCAGUUAUAUUAUUCUUUUGAAAAAAUUAAAAAUAAAUCAACUAUUAUUAAUAUAGUUUAUUUGAUAAUGAUUUUGUUUUUUACUUAUUCUUAUAAAAAAUAUACACAAAAACAAUUGAAUUAUUGUUUGAUAUAUAAUAUAUAUUUUUAUCAAUUUAAUGUUGUAAAUAUCACAAUAUUUUUUCAUUGAUUAUUAUUAUUUUCUUAAUCAUAUUUUAAAAAAUUAUAUUAGAAUAGUUUCAUGUUCAUAAUUUCAAUGACAAAUAUAUUUCCAUAAUAGUGAUAUGAAUUUCGAUAAUAAUGCAAAAAAAUUUAAUCUUUACAUGUGCUUAUAUAUUUAUUUUAUAGAAAAUAUACGUAAAUAUUUUUUAAUUAUAAUUAUAAUUAAAAAUAAAUCAGAUUUCUAUUGAUUUUUGUUUAUGGUAGAGCAAUUUAAUUACAUAAAAUACAAAAAUAUGUAUGUGAUUCAUGCAUGACGUAAAGAUAUAUUUUUCUAUCAGUUGAAAUAUUGCAUUGCAUAUAAUGUAUGUUUGUAUUAUAAAAAAAAUAAUAAAAAGAAUGAAAUUGAUGUGGAAUUAAUGCUAUAAAAUAUCUUUCUAUGUAUAUGUUCAUUUUGGGACGAUAACAAUGUUAUAUUAAAGAGGUGACAAUACAAUAUUAUAAACAAUUAUGAUAUAGAUGUAUUUAUAUUUAUAUAUUUUAAAAUUUAAAAAAUAUUAAUCACCUAAAUUGAAAGAAAUUUCAAUAAUGAAAGUUGAACCAAUAGAUAAUUUAUAUCUUGCACUUAUACAGUGUUUUGCUAUUAUAUUAUGCGGGUAUAUUGCAGGACGAUUUGAUGUUAUUACUAAAAUAGAAGCAAAUGGCCUGAAUACCUUUGUAGGAACAUUUGCUUUACCUUCUUUAAUUUUUAUGUCAUUAGCAAAAUUAAAUUUUACUUUAGUAAACUGGAAAUUUCUUUUUGCUGUAUUAUUAGCUAAGAGUUGUGUAUUUUUUGUUGUUCUUAGUAUAUCUCUAAUUAUUAAAAGAACAUCAAAUCCAGGUUGUGCUGCACUUUUUGCAAUAUUUACCACACAAAGUAAUGAUUUUGCUAUUGGAUAUCCUAUGAUUCAUGCAUUAUAUGGGAAAACACAUCCUGAAUAUGCUGCUUAUUUAUAUUUAAUGGCACCUAUAUCAUUGGUUAUUUUAAAUCCAAUUGGUUUUGUAUUAUUAGAAAUUGGUAAGCGUUAUGAUGAAGAUCAUAGAAGUUAUAAGAACAUGAUUUAUUCUAUUAUAAAAGGAAUAAUGUUGAAUCCUGUACUUCUCAUGACUGUCCUUGGUAUCUUUGGUAAUCUUGUCUUUAGUCAUGUAGUACCAGCUGUACUUGCAACUGUGCUUAAUGUAUUUGGUAAUGCUUUCUCAGCAAGUGCUCUUUUUUUGUUGGGAUUAAUGAUGGUUGGAAAAGUGCAUAAAUUGAAAGGUACAGCUCUUGUAAUACCAGGUAUAUUAAUAUCAAUAAAAUUACUGGUACUUCCUUUGGUUAUAAGAGAAUCUAUUAUUCUUUUAAAUCCCGGAGAAAAUGCUACAGAUACACAAGAUUUAAGUACAUAUGGAUUUUUAUAUGGUACUAUUCCUACGGCACCAGCUUUAUUUAUUUUCACUCUUCGAUAUAAUCUUGAAAUUGAUUUAAUUGCAUCGGCAAUGGUUGCUUGUACUUUUUUAUCUGCUCCACUAAUGUUUGUAUCUGCAAAAUUAAUUGAUGCUGUUGCGAGUGGGAUUAGCCCAGAAAAUUAUGAACAUCAGUUAAAUAUAUUUUCUUUUGAUGUAAGCAUUGCUUCAGCAACAGUGUGCAUAUGGUUAAUAAUCUGUUUUAUUGGAUUAGAAAAAAAAAAAUAUAAAUGCAUCACUCAUAAAUGUACAUUCUGUAUUAUAAUUGCUCAGCUGGCGACAGCUAUUGGUGUCGUAAUAUGGACAAAACUUGAAUCUCAUAAUAGUGAUUCAAUUUUAUGGUAUAUUCAAUUUAUUUUAAUUACUAUGGGAGUAUAUGCAAGUCGUAUUUGGACUAUGGCAAUAGCUGCAACUUUGUUAUAUUUAAGUUCCCGUUCUCUGGAUUUUGUUUACAAUAUUCAAAAAUGGUUUUAUCCUAUAGGAUGGGGAAUUCCAUUUUUAAUAGCAAUUAUCAUGUGUAGCACUAUAUCUUCAAAGGAAUCUGAACUUGAAUUUAGAAAUCCAAAUUUUCAAUUUGGUACUAUUCAAGCUGGAAUUUCUAUUUUUAUAUUAACAUUUUGCUUUAUUGUAACAAUAGGCUGUUUGAUUUUACAACAGAAUUAUCAUCGUCGAAAUAUUUUAACAUCUUAUUCUAAUUUAAUAAAUAAUACUGAAAAUUCUAAUAACGAUGAUAGUGAAGGACAGAUAGUAGAUGUUGAAGAUUUGAUUUCUUCGACUUCUAAUACUCCAAUCAUUGGUUGUGAAUAUAUAGAUGAUUGUCCAAAUAGAAUAUGUAGAGGCUAUAGUAAUGAAAUUAAUAAUUGUGAUUUAUACAUAGAUGUUGAAAAUGAAAGAAAUGAUCCUCAACUUUUACGACAUCUUAUAUUCGUUAUUUUACUUCUAUGCUCUAUGUUUAUAGGUUUAUCCAUAUCAAUUGGAACAUUAUUAAUGGAACAAUUAACGGGGAUUUAUGCAGAAUUAGCAUUUUUGGAUGUUGCUUUAAAUUUUGGCCAAUCAUUAAUCACAUUUGCUAUUUUUGGAUUAGAUACUGAUCUUGGGAAGUUAGGAUAUUGGCUACGAAAAAUAUGUCGAAAAUGGCGUACUGAAAAAGAAUUACAACUUCCCCCUGAAGAUGCAUUAAGUCCAGAAGUGAAGGCUAUUAGAGAUCAAUUUAAUCGUUGUUAUUUAACUGAAUGUCGUGCUCGCAUAGCCAUAUGUCAUAGACGCUUAUUGAAGGUAUACAAAGGUGUUUUCACUGGAACUGAUUUAGUUAAUUGGUUGCUCGAAGCCAAUAUUGCACAAACUAGAGAAGAAGCCAUUCAAUAUGGUCGUAAUUUAUUAGAAAGUAGAGUGUUACAGCAUAUUAAUGGUACCCAUCAUUUUUGUGAUCAAAAUUUACUUUAUAUUUUUAAUGUCUAAUUAUACAUCUUGGUAAAAUUUUAUAAAAUGAUUAUUUUUACAAUUCUUUUGAAAUGUAUUAUUAAAUAUUAAUUUUUUAAAAUACUAUAAAUUGGAAUAUUUAACAAUGAAAUUUUUUACUAUAUUUUGUGUAAUAUAUUAUUUAAGAUCUUUCGAGAUGGAAUAUAAUUUUUUAAUAUUUUUUAAAUUAAUUUAUUCAAUUAUAGUAUUAUUGAUUAAUAUUUAUUCUAUAGAAUCAUUUUUCAUCUGGCUGUGCUUUUUUUGUUUUCUAUAAUUAUAAAUGCUACAUAUAUUUUAUAAUGUAGUCUUAAUCCUAUAGAAGAAACUGAUAACAAUUAUUGAACAAAAAGCCAAAGAGAUAAAUAUUAGUAUUCUAUUUUUAAAUUUGCUACUUAAUUACUAUAUUAUAUAUUACUAUAUUAUAUGUAAUAUUUUUUUGUGCAAAAUAUCUCUAUUUUCUUAUAAAUUUGAAAUUUAUUGUUAAUAAAUUUAAAAAUAUGUUAGAAUAAAAGAUAUUAAAUUUUAUUAUCACAAUAAAAUAGUAAAUAAAAUAUUAUAAAUAAUAUUUUUGAAAAUAUAUUAUAGAAUGAAAAAUAAAAUUUUUUGUUUGAUAUAA